AGCUGACUAAAUGAAAGUAAAAGAAAGGACAACAUUUUGGGGGUUUAAACCUAUGCCUGGACACUUAAUUGGCAGCUUAUUGUGAUGGUCUGCGGUCAAACUUUUUGAGACACAAGAGCAGGAAGGCAGUGUUACCAAAAUGAGCCUCCAUGAGAAAAGAGAGAAUGAAGACACUAUGUCUGAAAUGAGAUCUCCUUCUCCCAGAUCAAGCUGUGCAUCUUUGUCUGAUGAUUCCAUAUACAAACUGCCCCCUGGAAUCAGUGAUGCAACAAAGACCUACAGUGACUCCAGCAGCAGGAAGAAGAAUCUGAGAUCAAAAUCUCCAGAACCCAGCGGUGUGUCUAUGAGAAGCACACAAUCCAUGUGUGAUCCCAUUUCAUUCAAUGAUGGAACAGUGACUUCUGCCCCACACAUUGUGAAGAUAGAUGAUACAGUUGAAUCCCACUACCAGACCCACAUCAGGCAGGAAAUACCUGAAGCAGACCUUCACAAAACCAGCAUGAAGAACAAGUUUGGCUGCUUAUUUGAGGGAAACAAAGGUAAUGAAACCCCCUUGAACAGAAUCUUCACACAGCUCUACAUAAUAGAAGGAGAGAGAGAAGGGGUGAAUGAAGAACAUGAGGUUUUACAGAUGGAGAAAACACCCAGAACACAAAACAAUCCAAUAAACUGUAAUGACAUCUUCAAAGCCUUAUCUAAACCAGGAUAUGAGGAGAAAUACAAAAUCAAGACUGUUCUUACUAAAGGUAUCGCUGGAAUUGGAAAAACCGUCUCUGUGCAGAAGUUCAUUCUGGACUGGGCCGAGGGAAAAGCCAAUCAGGAUGUAGAUUUCAUGUUUGUGUUUCCAUUUCGAGAGCUGAACUUGAUUCAAGAUCAUCAGUACAGUCUUCACAGACUUCUGCUGGACUUCCACCCUUUACUUCAAGAUCUGGACUCAAAGAUUUAUGAGGAAAGUAAAGUUGUUUUCAUCCUAGAUGGUCUGGAUGAAAGCAGAAUAACACUGAUGUUGUCAGGCACUGAGAAAGUUUGUGAUGUGAAUGAGUCUUCAUCAGUGGGUGUGUUGAUGUCAAACCUCAUCAGAGGAGAUCUGUUUCCCUCUGCUCUCAUUUGGAUCACUUCCAGACCAGCAGCAGCCAAUCAGAUCCCAUUCAAUAACAUUGACCGUGUGACAGAAAUCCAAGGUUUCGAUGACCCUCUAAAAGAGAAAUAUUUCAGAAAGAGAAUCCGUGACGAGCAAAAAUCCAGCAAAAUCAUCUCACACAUCAGAAGAACAAGAAGCCUCCACAUCAUGUGCCACAUCCCCGUCUUCUGCUGGAUCUCAUCCACUGUGCUUCAAAACCUUCUGAAAGAAGAUCUGAGUGCAGAAAUCCCUCAAACUCUGACUGAACUGUACAUCCACUUCCUGCUGAUUCAGAUCAACAUGAGGAACCAGAAGUAUGAAGAGAGAGAUCCAGAGAAACUCCUGAAGACCAACAGAGAAGUGAUUGUGAAACUUGCUGAAGUGGCUUUUAAGCAGCUGAUGAAGGGCAAUGUGAUGCUCUAUGAGGAGGACCUGAGAGAGAGCGGCUUAGACGUCACUGACACCUCAGUGUUUUCUGGGAUUUGUACUGAGAUCUUUAAAGAGGAAUCUGUGAUUCAUCAGAGGAAAGUCUACAGCUUUAUUCAUCUGAGCGUUCAAGAGUUUCUCGCUGCUUUCUAUGUGUUUUACUGUUAUUUAAGCAGCACCAUGGAAGCCCUUAAGACUUUUGAUUCAAUGCAUAAUUUGCAUAAAGGUGCAGUAGAUAAAGCCUUAGAAAGUAAAAAUGGACACCUGGAUCUGUUCCUGCGGUUCCUGCUGGGCAUCUCACUGGAGUCUAAUCAGAGACUCUUACAGGAUCUACUGACAAACACAGAGAACAGCUCAGAGAGCAUCAGGAGAACCACACAAUACAUUAAAGAGAAGAUCAAAGAUGGACAAGGAUUCUCCACUGAACGAUCCAUCAGUCUGUUCCUCUGUCUCCUCGAAGUACAAGAUCAGACUCUGUCCAGAGAGAUUCAGGAGUUUGUGAAAUCAGACAAACGCAAAGAGAAGAAACUCUCUCCAUCUCACUGCUCAACAAUUGCCUACAUGCUUCAGAUAUUAGAGGAGCCGCUGGAUGAGCUGAAUCUCAAGAAAUACAACACAUCCGAUGAGGGCAGAAGAAGACUUAUACCAGCUGUGAUCAACUGCAGAAAAGCUCUUCUUGCUGGCUGUAAUCUCACUGGUCAAUCCUAUGAAACUGUGUCCUCAGCUUUACAAUCCUCAAACUCUGUCCUGAGAGAGCUGAACCUGAGUAACAAUGACCUGCAGGAUUCAGGAGUGAAGCUACUCUCUGAUGGGAUGAAGAGUUCAAACUGUCAGCUGAAGAUAUUAAGGUUGUCUGGCUGUAUGGUGACAGAGGAAGGCUGUCAGUAUCUGUCUUCAGCUCUGAGUUCAAACCCCUCACACCUGAGAGAGCUGGAUCUGAGCUACAAUCACCCAGGACAAGCAGGAGUCCAGCUGCUUUCUGACAAACUGAAGGAUUCAAACUGCUCACUAAAGAUACUCAAUUUGGACCAUGGAGAGCCUUUCAGGAUCCAACCAGGACUUCGAAAAUAUUUCUGUGAUCUCACACUGGAUCCAAACACAGCAAACAUUCAACUCAUUCUGUCUGAGAACGGAGAGGUGAAAUAUGUGGAUCAGCAGCAGCCGUAUCCUGAUCAUCCAGAGAGAUUUAAAGAUAUUCCUCAGGUUCUGUGUCGAGAGAGUCUGAUUGGACGCCAUUACUGGGAGGUUGAGCGGACUGGCUGGGCUCGUAUAGCAGUGUCCUACAAAACAAUCAGCAGGAAAGAAGCGACUGUUGGUAAGUUUGGAUACAAUAACAAGUCCUGGUGUCUUUUCUGCACUAUUGAUGGAUUUGUUGUCUGGCACAACAAUCUGAACAGCAACAUUCCUGCUCCUUUCCCCUCCUCUAAAAGAGUAGGAGUGUAUCUGGACUGGCCGGCCGGCACUCUGUCCUUCUACAGCAUCUCUGACACACACACACUCACACACUUACACACAUUCAACACCACAUUCACUGAACCCCUCUAUGCUGGGUUUAAGGUGUUUGAUUCCUCACUGUCACUUGUUUAA